GCCCCGCAUAAGACCCAACACUGCCAUCCUCUUCGUAUCUUGCUGAGAGAGACUUUUAGUGCUUCCUCACGCGCGACUUUGUCGAGAUUGCUUCAGUGCAGUGUGCUUAAAUUUUUUUCUUGCUAACAAAAUGGGAUUUUCUUCAAAUUCUGAUCAAGAUUUUCACUAUCCAUUUCAUUCACAUGAGGAUCAUUUUGAUUCUCAUGAAUUCGAUGAUAAUUUCAAAGAUCACGAUGAUUAUCACAGUUCUUUUAGGAUGGAUAUCUUUAUUCCAAUUGUGGUGUGUUUUGUGAUCUUUUUGCUGUGCACCCUCUGUGGAGUGUGUUGUCGGAAAAAACGCAACACCGGUGCGAUAUUUUCAUCACCUGUUAUCGUGACGUCUUCGACCCACACAACAGCCGCUGGACCCUACCCAGUUACUGUGGCUGUUCCCGCGGCGACGAUACAGCAAACUUCAGCUCAGUACGGCCAUCCAGGUGUCUACCCAAUGCCUCAACCACAAACUGGCGGAUAUCCAGCCCCAUAUCCACCCACUCAGACCCAACAAGCGGCACCCUAUCCUCCAGCUUCCACUGCAGGAGGAAGUAUGCCCAUGCCAGGAGGUAAUCCCUCAGCGAUGAAUCCACCUUCAUAUGACCAAGUUGUAGGCAAUGAUGCAUACCAAAAGCAAGCACCAUACAAUCCUGGCUAUAAUGCGAACUAGAUGAGCAUAAUGCGUUCACAGGUGAGAAGAAAUGGACAAAUGUUUCUAUUCUCUCACUGAAAGUGACUUCGAAGGCUAAAUCAGUGGCUUAAUGUUGUUUCAAUGGUAUUUCUCCGCAUUUCUCCACAACUUAUGUGACCAUAUACAAUAAAAUAUGUUAAACCUAUUUCUUCCUGUUAACUUAAAAAAAGAGAAAAAUAAACAAUACCAACUUUACCUUUAGAAAUUCAUUAUGAAUUUUUAACAAUUUAGAACCAAAUGAGAUUUUCUUCCUAUUGAAAUGAAACGCAAAACAAUCUUUCUAUGGGGAGAAUUUUGUAGUAUUUUCCUGAAUGAAAACCAGAGAAAUAUUUUAUAAAUCGCAGUUUAUAACAAUAAUAAAAAUUUAAAAGAAAAAAAAACAAAAAAGGGUGUGUGGUGAUUUUUAGUGGGCACAUCCCAGAGUGAUAAUUUAUUUUUUACCUACCAUUUAUAUCUUAAUUUUAAGCAUUAAAUAUUUUACUCUAAUCAAAAGUCUAAAUAUAGCUUUAAAUUAGAGAGAAUCAUUGGCAUUAUUUGAGGCUAAAAAACAUUUUAUAUACAUAUUUUUUCAUUUUAUUUUUGAGCCUCUUUGAAAAUUUUAGAAAUCCAUAAAUUUUAACGAUUUUAAACACGAUAAAAUGUUUGUGAAUUUACACAAAUAUAGCCAUAUAAGUUACAUAUAACUGAAUUUAAUAGUCAGUUUAGGAUUCAAAUUUAUUUUUUAAGUUAUGUAAUCCAAGAGAGUUUGCUGUGUGCAAGAGUAUUUUCUGAAAUUUAAUAAAUAAAUUCUUAUUCACGUAAAA